AUGGCCAAUCGGGGUGGGGGCCGGGGUCGAGGCCGAGGCCAGUUGACUUUCAACAUGGAGGCGGUGGGCAUUGGGAAAGGAGAUGCUUUGCCUCCACCCACCCUGCAGCCUUCUCCACUCUUUCCUCCCUUGGAAUUCCGCCCAGUGCCUCUGCCCUCCGGAGAGGAAGGAGAAUACGUCCUGGCACUGAAGCAGGAGCUACGAGGGGCCAUGAGGCAGCUCCCUUACUUCAUCCGACCAGCCGUCCCCAAGAGAGAUGUGGAGCGAUACUCAGACAAAUAUCAGAUGUCAGGGCCGAUUGACAAUGCUAUUGAUUGGAACCCUGACUGGCGACGUCUACCACGGGAACUAAAGAUCCGGGUGAGGAGACUGCAGAAAGAGCGGACCACUAUCCUUCUUCCCAAAAGGCCCCCUAAGACCUCAGAGGAUAAAGAGGAAACAAUACAGAAACUGGAAACCCUGGAGAAGAAAGAGGAAGAAGUGACUUCAGAGGAAGAUGAGGAGAAAGAAGAAGAGGAAGAGAAGGAAGAGGAAGAAGAGGAGGAAUAUGAUGAAGAAGAACAUGAAGAGGAAACCGACUACAUUAUGUCAUAUUUUGAUAAUGGAGAAGAAUUUGGGGGUGACAGUGAUGACAACAUGGAUGAAGCUAUAUAUUGA